AUGCCGAAGCAGCACGUUCUGUUCGGGCGCCCCGUGCCCCGGCUCUCCUCGAGGCGCCUCUCCGUCCUCCUAGCCGGCCUUUCCAUCUUCGCCGUCUUCACCCUCCUAUUCACCGUGCCCUCUUCGAUCCCGGGCCCACGCCUUUCCGUGUCCGACCACAAGUUCUCCAUCCCCAAGUGGAAGUCCCUGCCCGUGUGGCACCCAUUCAAGGCGCCCUCCCACCCGCCUCCACGCCAGACCAACGACACAUACGGCGAGUCGUCCUGGUACUCGAACUGGAGGUGGCUGUCUAUCCCUUUCUCGUCCACCAUCACACUCGAUGAGGACCGGCUGCUUCUGCCAAUGGUAAGGGAGAGACCACCAAUCUACUGCUACUAUGAUACGACUAUUCAGAGAGACGAGGCAAGCAAGGACGCUGAGAGUGAGAUACUGCUCACAUGGCGGCGAGCCUGGUGGGCCCAAGGCUUCAAGCCUGUGAUAUUGAGCGCCGCCGAGGCCAUGAACAACCCUGUAUACGAAGAGCUCCAGAGGAUGGAUCUGGAGAACAGCUUGAAGACGGAUCUGAUGAAAUGGCUGGCAUGGGAGAAUAUGGGAGGUGGCCUGUUGGCGCACUACCUGCUGUUCCCAAUGGGCUCGCACGAGGAUCCAUUGUUGGCCUACCUUCGUCGAGGGGAAUACCCCAGCCUCACCCGCUGGAACAAGUUGGGUGACGGGCUUUUUGCCGGCUCGAAGCGUGAGAUAGCCGAUGCUAUCAAGCUUGUGAUGAGCGGGCCGGAUGUGCGAAAUGUAAAAGACUUCCUCUCCGCGCUACCCAGCGAGAAGGACAGAGAUCCGUUCAAGUUGGAUGACAAGCCCGAGGCACUGGCUUUCUACGAUGCUAGGACGCUCGAGCAAACAUAUACCAAGGUUGCGGACGUUAUCACAGGCAACCGGGCGGAAGGACUGAAGCGAUUAAACCAGCUGAUCAACUCACAUCUACACCUCACCUGGCAAAACCUGUUUUCGGAUGGCAUCGCCGUACUGAAGCCGCUGCCGCACCACACGACAACCAUGAUUCAGAACGCCGUCGAGCUGGCCAACAACCUGCAGCAGUGCACUGAGUCGCCUAUGCAGUCCUCGUGCCCCCCAAACCGCCCCAAGUGCGCCCCGUGUGUGGCAUCCACGCCAAUGAAGAUCGCGAGUCCUUCUCGGUACCACAAUACCUCUACUCUCUACACAAUCGGCACCGUGCCCCACCCAUACACCUUCCAGAGCGUGACUAAGCUUAAGGAGAACAUUGACAUCCCCUGGAUUCGUCGGGACUCCGUUCGAGAUCUCUACGUCACCGAGAUCACCAAGGACAUCCUCGGCACCGGCAUGUCCGGCGGCCCACGUGUCCUGCGCUUCAAGGAGGCCGUUGCCGGCGAGUACGCCACGGCGCACUCUCUCUGGUUCGUCGCGGAAAGGGACCUCCCCGACGACCUGGACUGGCACUUUGGCUUCGAGAUCCCCAAGGUGGCCCUGGACCAGGGCAAGUCCGAGACGCCCGUGCCCGGCCCGGAGCGCCGGCCGCAGCCCUUCCACGACCCCAAGGACGGCCCCGUCCCCAACCCCGACGAGCUGAAGCGCGAGCCGCCGCUGCUGGAGCGCGCCAAGGAGUUCGGCCGCAGCAAGAAGAAGGAGGACGUCGCGGUCCGCAACGCCAUGGAGGCGUGGAACCUGGCCGACACCGAGGCGUGGAAGUUCACGCGGGCGUUCCGCGCGCGGUCCCGCGUCGAGCGCAUCAAGUGGGAGGAGGAGGAGUCCAAGUACGCCGGCGGCGCCGGCACCGAGAAGGACAGGAGAACUGUAGGCUGGGGCCGGUGGCUGGACAGGAACGACGACUAG